CAAUAACAAAGCGGUAAACUUAAACAUAGAACGAAGCUAAGUUCGUGUUUAGACACGCCGAGAGAAGAGUGAAACACGAGAGAACGAAUGAAAGAAAAUAUAUUUAUUUGAGUGAUCAGCAGUUAAAGAAUGUCUCACUUCAACCUGGAGAAUGAGGUGAGCAGCGUGCUGAGGAUGGAUGCUCCUGUCCCCGGUGUGACAAGAGGGCCACUCACGUCACGAUGGACCAAGAAGGCGGAUGCUGACUGCAAUGCCUCUGUCAACAACUCGCUCAAUGCCAGCACGUCUGCCAAGACUCCGAUGAAGACUGCCAACAAACCUAUGGGAGCCAAAACACCCUCAACCGAAUCCAAAAAAACACCCAAAUCAUCAGGCAAACAUCGGACUCCUGGCGGUAAAGCUCCCAAGACCCCUACAGGAGGCGACAGGUUCAUCCCUAACCGUGCCACCACCCAGUUUGAGUUGGGCCACUACAAGAUUGUCAGCGAGGGGGAGAAACCCGAGGACAAUGAGCUUCUGAGUCCGACUCAGCAGGAGUACCAGCGUGUGAUGAGUGACAACCUGAACGGCGAGCUCCUCAACAGCAAGAUCAUCGCCUACAAGAGCAAAGCUCCUCAAGCACCUGAAGGCUACAACAACAACCUCAGGGUGUUGUACAGUACAACCAAGACAGCCGCCAGUGCCAAGAAGACAAUACGACACAUUCCACAAGUACCCGAGAGAAUACUCGAUGCCCCGGACAUCCUAGAUGAUUAUUACCUGAACCUGCUGGACUGGUCAGUGAACAAUUACCUGGCGGUGUGUCUGGGCAGCUCCGUCUACCUGUGGAAUGCCAGUAGUGGUGACAUCAGCCAGCUGUGUCAGAUGGACGGGCAGGACGAGUACGUUGGUGCGGUGUCGUGGAUCAAGGAGGGCAACUACCUCGCGGUCGGGACCAGUAGCGGCGAGGUUCAGUUGUGGGAUGUGACACAGCAGAAGAAGCUACGGAGCAUGCGGAGCCAUGCUGCACGUGUUGGUAGUCUCUCCUGGAACUCCUACAUCCUCAGCAGCGGGUCCCGAAGUGGCAGCAUCCAUCACCAUGAUGUGCGAGUGGCCCAGCAUCAUGCGGGCUCCCUCACUGGGCAUGCACAGGAAGUGUGUGGUCUCAAGUGGUCUCCGGACGGCAAAUACCUCGCCAGUGGCGGCAAUGACAACAUCCUCAACAUUUGGUCAGCAGCUAUGGGUAGCCAGUCCGCAGACAACACACAGCCCUUGUACUCCUUCUCCCAGCACCAAGCAGCAGUCAAGGCCGUGGCCUGGUGUCCGUGGCAGUCCAGCCUGCUGGCCAGUGGUGGGGGGACGGCUGACCGACACAUUCGCUUCUGGAACUGCAACACGGGGACCUGCCUGAAUGCUGUCGAUACCAAGUCACAGGUGUGUGCUCUACUGUGGUCGACAGAGCACCGAGAACUCAUCUCAAGUCAUGGGUUUGCCCAGAACCAGCUGAUCAUCUGGAAGUACCCGGCCAUGUCGAAGAUAGCAGAGCUGACGGGCCACACUGCCAGGGUGCUUCACAUGGCCAUGUCACCAGAUGGCACCACUGUGGUGUCCGCCGGCGCCGACGAGACGCUGCGACUCUGGAAAUGUUUUGCAGUUGAUGAGAAGAAGAAGACCACCCAGAAAUCUGCAUCCAAGAGCACCUCCUCCACAUUGCAUCGAGCUCUGAUUAGAUGAUGUUCCAUGGACGACUGUCCACACUCUGUGCAAUAUUAUGUUGGACUUUAUGUACAGGACAUUUCUUACACAUGCAUCACUUUCAUCAAUACAUAUCUCAUCCUUG